UUGACGUGGCCUAGUUCUUGUCAUUGAUUCCACGCGAAAAUAAAAAGGUCUUUGCCGUGAUCUUUUGCCGAUUUUUACACGACCAUGGGACUCACUAUAUCAAGUUUGUUCAACCGGCUCUUUGGCAAGACAAAUAUGAGGAUAUUGAUGGUUGGCCUUGAUGCUGCUGGGAAAACCACCAUUUUAUACAAACUUAAACUUGGAGAAAUAGUCACUACUAUUCCUACCAUUGGCUUCAAUGUUGAGACAGUGGAGUACAAGAAUAUCUCGUUUACUGUUUGGGAUGUUGGUGGCCAGGACAAAAUUCGACCACUGUGGAGACACUACUUCACAAACACACAGGGUUUGAUAUUUGUUGUUGACAGUAAUGAUAAGGAAAGAAUAAGAGAAGCCAACGAUGAACUGCACAAAAUGCUUCAAGAAGAGGAACUGAGUGACGCUUAUCUACUGGUGUUUGCAAACAAGCAGGAUUUACCAAAUGCCAUGUCAGUCAGCGAAUUAACAGACAAAUUAGGACUUCACAACAUUAAAAGCAGAAAGUGGUAUGUGCAAGCAGCAUGCGCCACUGAGGGAACCGGCCUGUACGAAGGACUCGAUUGGCUCUCAAAUGAACUUUCCAAGUGACCUUGCUGAGUUGGAAACGUAGAGUUUUUAUACAUUAAAUAUUGUAAACAGCUAAUUUUGUUUGACAUUUCAAGAUCAGUUUCUAAUGGGUCAAGGUAUUUAUAAGCGAUCAAGUCAGUCAACUGUCAUUUACUUGUGGUUUGUAACUUAACAACCUCACAUAGUAGAUUGUGGACUUCUUGUUGGUUCUGUACAAUUCUGAACAAGUUGACUGUGAGGACACUCGAGCCAUGAACACUUGAAACUUUUUUGUUACUUUUUUUGUGGCACUAGAAUGAGGACUUUUCAUAUUAUGUAAAGGAUUAGCCAUCGUACAUCCUGAUCUUUUACAUAAGAUAUAAAAAGGCUUCAUUUUAUAGUCACCAAAAAAUAUAUAGACAAAGAAAUGUUAUGUGUUGCGGCUCCAGUGUCCGUACUGUGAGAGUAACGUGUUUGUUGUAGGCACUUGUGAAAUUAGAAUUAUCAAAAGAGCUCUGUAUUUGCAUUGCUAUCAAGUAAGGGACCUUUAAGGUUAGAUAUAUAUUUUUUGCGGUUUAUCAGUAAUGUAGGCUUGCUUAUACAAAUUUAUUUUGAUGGUAACUGGACAAAUUGGUUUGAAAUCGUACUCCAACUGAAAACCACGAUCAAGGUAAUUAAUUUACUUCUAUCGCGGUUUAAGAACUUUUGAGACUUUUCAGUUAAAAUAAUGUUUAUUUUACUACAGUUCACCAGAUGGCAACGAAUUUCAAACUCCACAGAGCAUUAGCAUUAAAAGAAAUCCUUUUAUACAAGAGAAAUUGAAACGUUGGUUAGCGUUUUCUUGUGGAUUAGUGGAAAAUCGGUUACUGAACAACUCGGCUUAGUCUUGUUAAAGCUGUUGGCAAAAGGUUGAAUUGGAGGACAAAAUCCGGUUACCGAUUAAUCAUAUCUGUCACAAAAUUUGAAGAAGUGUAGGCAAAGCAACUGAAAAUCUCCCAUCAGAACAAAGGACAAAAAUUCGUUUGAGUGUGAAAUUAUUCAAUCACAAGACGAAACCCUUAUGGGUGUUCACGCUCCAUUUCAAUGAAGACAUCGAGUGUGUUAUCAGCCAAUCUCAUUCGAGAAUUGUUAGGUUUGAUUCUUCAAGGAGGAAAUUACAGUGUUUGAUUAGUUUUUCUGGGAAACCUUUAACUGAAAAAUGUAUUCAAGCGAAAAAUAAAAUGCUUCAGUUUUCAACAUGAAACUAAUCCCACCUCAGUAGUGCAUUUUGAUUCGUUUACAAAUUCUUAUUGUUAGCCUGUUUGUAACUAUUGUAGUAAUUUAAGUGAAGCGUUUAGAAGAAUCCUUACUCAAGUCAGUAUGAUGUUUGUGGAAAAGCGUUUAAAGAUAUAUAAAUAAAAAGAGACAACUUCAUCUUG